AUGGGUGCCUUUACCAAGUUCCGUUUCUUCAAUCGAAGACUUGCUCUCUCUUGUAUGCUUAUUGCCGUCUCUACAUUUAAUUAUGGCUUCGACAAUCAAGCUUUCGCCACGACGCAGGCGAUGGACUCGUUUGAGAAGCAGUUCGGUGUAUGGAAUGCUGAGAAGAAGGCUUAUGUUCUUGAGCCGUCUUGGCUUUCGCUGUUCAACAGUCUGAACUACAUUGGCUUUGCUGCUGGAGUUACCAUCGGCAGCUUUGUUUCGUCACGAUGGGGUCGACGUUGGUGCAUGUUUACCAUGAGCGUGUACGCUCUUUGCACAGCUACUCUUGCGGUCACGUCUUUCCACUGUGAACAGAUUAUGGUCGCUAGAGUUCUGAACUAUGUCUACGUUGGCAUGGAACUUGGCGUCGUCCCGACUUUCCAGUCCGAAAUUGUCCCGGCUCAAGCUCGUGGUUUCAUGGUCGGAUCAUACCAAUUAAGUCUCGCGAUCGGCGGUCUAGUCAUUAACAGUGUCUGCUUCGGAACCAGCACCCUUCCCGACAACCGCGCGUGGCGAAUCCCUCUCGGUCUAUUCUAUAUCGUUCCCUCGAUCGUAAUCGCCUUUAUCUGGUUCGUACCCGAGUCGCCGCGAUGGUUACUCCGAAAGAACAGAGUGGACGAGGCUUGGCAUAACCUUCGACAACUCCGAAAGGGGGCUUUCACAGAGGAACAAAUUGAGGCCGAGUUUAAAGAAAUAAGAGUAUCCCUGGAACAAGAGGUCGAACAAGGAAAGUUCAUUGAGCUUUUACAAGGGAACAAUCUCAAGCGGACUAUUAUCGUUAUUCUUGUGAACUUCCUUCAGCAGGCUAGUGGCCAAGCAUUUGUGUCGCAGUAUGGUACUGUGUACGUCAAGAUGCUUGGAACCAUCAACCCAUUCGGAUUCAGCUUGAUUACGGCGAGUAUUAAUAUUGUUGUCUUGACUGGCAUCCUUCUUUGGGCAGAUAUUAUCGGCAGACGAAUCUUAAUGAUUAUGUCAUCCAUUACUAUGUUUACGGCUAUGAUCACAAUGGGAGGCCUCGGAAUCGAGAGCCCGGUUGACGAUGCUAGAAAGAAGGGCGUGCUAGCGAUGAUGGCUGUCUUUGCCUAUGGAUUCUCCAUGGGCUGGGCACCUCUCAGUUACGUCGUGACUACCGAGAUUUCAGCUCUUCGACUUCGUGAUCUUACCUCGCGUGUUGGAUUCACAGCUAACGUUAUCAUGAACUUUACCGUCAAUUUCAUUAUCCCGUACCUCAUCUACGACCAGUACGCCGGCCUGAACAGCAAGGUUGGCUUCAUCUUCGGUGGUCUCAUGGCAUUUGCAAUUGUAUUCGUGUACUUUUGUGUCCCAGAAUGCAAAGGCAAGACGUUAGAGCAAGUCGAUUUCUUGUUCAACCAGGGAGUGAGCAUUCGAGAUUUUGGGAAAGUGGAUGCUGCGGAGAUGAUGCAGUCUGUGUUGGAGCAGGACACCGUCGACAAGGUACCCGAUUCGGAUGUUGAGAGGGGGCCUGCUGUGACAGCAACAAAGCAGGAUGACUAA